AUGGCACGCAAAGAUAGCGAGAGCAGCUCGUCGAGUCCUGAAUCUCGUGAUCGGGAAGAUGAAACUCUUUCUAGUGAUGCGGUCGUCAACAAAUAUCAAAUGGCCGCUCAGAUGGUCAACGAAAUCCUCAAGAGGCUGAUCUCAGAAGUGAAAGAAGGAGUAGAAGUUGGGAGUUUGUGCACAUUAGGAGAUAAACUCAUUCUUGAAAAGACUUCAAAAGUUUUCGUCAAGGAGAAGGAUGUGGCCAAGGGUAUCGCUAUGCCUACUUGUAUCUCCGUAGAUCAUUGUAUUUGUCAUUUUUCACCUCUUCGUUCUGAUCCUCCUCUCUUACUGAAGAACGGCCAAAUGGUCAAGAUCGAUCUGGGUGUCCAUAUCGAUGGUUAUAUUGCCACUGCAGCAAACACUGUCGUUGUAGGAGCUAGUCCCACAAAUAAAGUUACGGGUAAACAUGCUGAUUUGCUGAAAGCUACAUAUGAAGCUAUGGAAGUGGCAAUACGAAUGCUGCAACCCGGAAACAAAACUAUGGAUAUUACUGCCGCUAUUGAUAAGGUUGCUGCCGAUUAUGGUGUCAUGCCCAUUGAGAACAUGGUAUCGCAUCAAUUGCAAAGGGAUCAAAUUGAUGGUGAAAAGCAGAUUAUACAAAAUCCAGGUGAAAAACAACGUAUGGAGAUGGAGAAAUUCACCAUCGAGAAACAUGAAGCAUAUGCCAUUGAUAUUCUAUUCUCAACUGGCAAAGGUAAAGCUAAAGACAUGGAUACUCGUACAACUGUGUUCAAGAGAAAUGAGGAUAUUCAAUACUCGCUGAGGUUAAAGGCUGCGCGUGCGUUGAUGAAGGAAUGCAAGGAUAGGUUUGGAGUAAUGCCGUUCACUUUGCGAGCUUUCGAAGAUGAAGUCAAAGCUAAGAUGGGUGUUGUCGAACCAGAAAAGCAUGGACUCCUUCGCCCUUACCAGGUGGUUUAUGAAAGUGCUGGAGAGGUCGUUGCCCAAUUCAAAGCUACGGUUUUGAUAAUGUCCAAUGGACUUCUGAAGAUUGCGGGGCUCCCUCUCGAUAUGAAUUUGAUUGAGACUGAUGCGAAGUUGAAGGAUCCUGAACUAAUCGCCACACUAAACUCGCAACUGAAGAAGAAAAAGAAGAAACCAACAAAAAAGGAUGCUCCCGCUGCUGUUAACGCAGCUGCUCCUGUCGCUGAACCAGUGGCGGCGAAGUAG